AUGUAUAAGGCUUGUAGCAUUCUUUUUGGCCUGCUUGCAGCCAGCACAGGCGUUCACGCUGCAGAUGCCGCAUCGGAUGUCACACAACUAAAUAAGGACACAUUUGACGACUUCGUCAAGGGCAAUGACCUGGUUCUAGCAGAGUUCUUCGCCCCCUGGUGUGGCCACUGCAAGGCUCUUGCGCCCGAGUACGAAGAGGCUGCUACCACGCUGAAGGAGAAGUCGAUCAAGUUAGCCAAGGUCGACUGCACAGAGGAGAGUGAACUCUGCCAAACAUAUGGUGUUGAGGGUUACCCGACGCUUAAGAUCUUCCGUGGUCUGGACAACAUCACUCCUUACACUGGCCAAAGGAAAGCUGCUGCGAUCACUUCGUAUAUGAUCAAGCAGUCUCUCCCCGCCGUUUCGCUUCUAACCUCGGAAACCCUCGAGGACUUCAAGACCGCCGAUAAGGUUGUCUUGGUCGCAUACAUCGAUGCCUCUGACAAGGCCUCUAACGAGACUUACACAAAGGUUGCUGAGAAGUACAGGGACUCUUACCUCUUCGGCGCCACCAACGAUGCUGCGUUAGCUAAAGCUGAGGGUGUUAAGGCGCCGGCUGUUAUUCUGUACAAGCAGUUCGAUGAGGGCAAGGCUACCUUUACGGAGAAGUUUGACGAGGAAGCUAUUGAGAAGUUCGCCAAGGUUGCUUCUACCCCCUUGGUUGGUGAGGUCGGCCCUGAGACCUACUCCGGCUACAUGUCUGCUGGUAUUCCUCUUGCCUACAUCUUCUCCGAGACUGCCGAGCAGCGAAAGGAACUUAGCGAUGCCCUGAAGCCCGUUGCCGAGAAGUACCGUGGCAAGAUCAACUUUGCUACCAUCGAUGCUUCGGCUUUCGGUGCCCACGCCAACAACCUUAACCUUAAGGCCGACAAGUUCCCUGCCUUCGCCAUCCAGGAGACUGUUAAGAACCAAAAGUUCCCCUUUGACCAGUCGAAGGAGAUUACCUUGGAGACUAUCAGCGCUUUUGUUGACGACUUCAGCGCCGGGAAGAUUGAGCCUAGCCUCAAGUCUGAGCCCAUUCCCGAGAAGCAGGAGGGCCCGGUCACAGUUGUGGUUGGCAAGACAUACGAUGAAAUUGUCUUGGACGACUCCAAGGAUGUCUUGAUCGAGUUCUACGCUCCCUGGUGCGGUCACUGCAAGGCUCUUGCCCCUAAGUACGAGGACCUCGCUUCUCUGUACGGCAAGAGCGACUUCAAGGACAAGGUCGUCAUCGCAAAGGUUGACGCCACCACCAACGAUGUCCCGGAUGAGAUUCAGGGAUUCCCCACCAUCAAGCUGUACCCCGCCGGUGCCAAGGGCAAGCCGGUCACCUACUCAGGCAGCCGAACUGUCGAGGAUCUGAUUGAGUUCGUCAAAGAGAACGGCAAGUACAAAGCCGACGUGUCGGUGAAGGAGGAGGAAGAGACCCCCGUUGCAUCGGGUGCAAGUGAGUCUUCGUCUACCAGCAGCGAGGCUGCCGAGACGACGCACGAUGAGUUGUAA